AUGAACAAAAGGUUAAUUGCUGUCUUGGUUAGCUGUAUUCCACUAGCGCGUGUUUUCCAAAGGUACCAUUCAAGCGCGUUGCAAGUAUGGAAAGACCAGCUGUGGAAUCAAUGUCAACAUGGGGUCACCGAUAAAGCGUUUGGUCAAUUUCGUGCAUCCUACACAGGCUGGACAUUGCUUGACCAGUGUCUGUGUGUCUCGGUUAAUACGUACCAGCAUGCUUUGCGCGAUGUAGUUGGACUCAACUUGACGCGCGUGUACUGGGGAGUGGUCGCGACAGUCUUGGUCAUCAUGGCCAUUGAAGGAUCCCGUCGAGGUGCUUCUCGCACCGUUUUAGCCUGGUUGCCCGUGUUUGGUCUAUUGAUGAACGUCUUUGGUGUGGCUGCUGUCACGGCCUUCAUUUGGAUGCCUUGCUACUUUUUGUUCGCCAAGUUCAAUGCCGACGUCCGCCAGUGGACAAUUUCUCCUUCACGCACCAUAGCCAUUGUCGUCUCGAUGCUUAUCACCUAUGCUAUUCCGGCCCUGCUCACGACUCUCGUAUUCCGUACCGGUUCGCCAGCAGAGCAAAAUUCAAUGGCUCUUGUCCAAGUAGCACCUCUUUUGAUGUGGACAUUGUAUGGUGCUCUUGACAGGCUCCUUGCUCGGUAUCCUUCUCCCGUCGAUACCGUGGCAGAUCCGGUGAUGAAGGAAAAACUCAAGGUCGUUGAAGGGAAAGAUUUCGUCGAGCGGACCUAUCUGCUGAUCGGUGGUCUUAAUCUGAUUGUCUACUAUAUUGCUUACAUGCAUUCUCAACUGUAUCGAGGUGUUCUGCCGUGGGAUGCGGUCAAGAUGUUAUUGUCGGGUCCAGACAAUGUCUUUGUUGGACAGUCAGUCGAGGUCCAGGGUCAAUUCUUGACAUCGGCCAUGGUAUUCGGCGACCUUGCCAUCCUUACUUUAUCCUUGCUUCUGUGGGUCUUGCUUGAAGAUGGCAUCAAAUCAUGUCUUGUCGUGGCCGUCGGCAGUGUGUUGCUGGGACCCGGAGCUGCUAUAUCGUUCUAUGCUGCUUACAGAGAGCAUCGCGUACAAGAUUCUAGCAAGCUAGUCGUGAAAAAGGAUUAA